AUGCAAUCACGCAGUUUACCGGAACGUGUUCAGGAGUCAGAACUACAGGUAACCAUUCAUGAUAACAUCACUGUCCACAUCGAGCCACUCGAAUGCCGGGAAGAAUCCUCGCCACAAGUUUGGGUGACCAAGAGGACCCUCGGUCGCGGAGGCGACGGUACCGUCUUUUUGCAGCAAAAGGUUGAAGGGCCCGGCACCAUCGAUAUGCUCGCCGUUAAACAGAUGAGCCUCGACCAUGAUCUUGCGUCCGAAGACCACAAUAGCAAAAGAUAUGUACGCGAGCUCGAGGCAUUAGCCAAGUUUGGGCAGCCAAGAUAUUCACGCUACUUUGUGAGAUCAUAUGGUUGGUAUCAAAACGCUGGCUGGCUCUAUAUCUGUAUGGAGUACUGCAAGUACCUGGACCUUGGAAAGCAUCUGAAUAUCUAUGGAGCUCUAUCGGAAGAAAGUGCUAGAGCGAUUGCUCUACAAGUACUUCGGGGACUAUUCCAGAUGCACGAAAACAAAAUCGCCCAUCGAGACAUAAAACCUGCUAAUAUCAUGGUACAUCGCAAACCCCCAAUAGACGAUGCAUGGUGGGUUGUGCUUGGCGAUCUCGGUCUUAGUCGACACGGCGAUCUUUCUUCAGGAUCGACUACGAUACGUGGUACUCCAAGCUACAUGGCCCCAGAGACUAUUGGGGCACCUUUUUUAGGUCGACCAAACGACGCAGACCCAUUUCGAGCUGAUAUGUGGUGCUUAGGGGAGACGAUAGCAUAUGCUCUAACGGGACAGAAUACGUUCUCUGGCAGUAAACAACUGCUCAGCUACCAGAGACACAGCAUACUCUUUCCUGACAGCGCUUUGAAGCAGUCAUCAGCAAGUGUUGACGCAAUCGACUUUGUUCGCUCUCUACUGCAAGCGGAUCCUUUGCGGAGACCAACUGCCUCUCAAGCACUUCAUCACCCUUGGAUC